AAUUUAAAAAAAAAAAAAAAACACGCAUGGAUUUUUGUUUGAAGGUUGAAAACCUCGUUAAGUUUGAAAACGAAGCAUCCGUGAGCUCAUCAAGGCAACAAGGCUUUUUCUUGAUUCUCUAUUUUGUUGCGUUUUGAACGUUGAAACUUUCCUUCCUUUUCCUCUCUCUGCUCAGCUACCUCGUCCUCCGUCCACGGUGGUCGGCGACUUGCUCCGACCAACCUCUCUCUGAGGAGGUUAGCUCCGGAACUUCUUACAAACACGUGGUGUGCUUCUUUUUCUGUUUUUGUUGUUUUGUUUCAUAGCCUUCUGACAUCUCAAUGAUGACCCAAGAACCAUCAGAGGAAUUGGAGAAACAUGCAACCUCAGGGCAUCGUGCAAGAGGCAAUAGUGAAUACGUUAGACUAGCCAUAUCUGAUGAGCCUAGGGCCGGUGAAGUUGAAAUCUCACAGCCUCAAGCAGAACCAGGAAUUAAUGCUUUCUGGUGGUGGAUGAAAGUCUUUCUAUGGUGCAUUAUCAUUGUUGUACUUUCUCUUGUUUUACUGAAAUGGGGUGUUCCUUUUAUUUUUGAAAAGGUUCUUUACCCAAUGAUGGAAUGGGAAGCUACUGCAUUUGGCCGCCCAGUUCUUGCCCUUGUACUUGUUGCUUCUUUAGCUUUAUUCCCAGUGUUCUUAAUUCCUUCCGGCCCUUCCAUGUGGUUGGCCGGCAUGAUUUUCGGUUAUGGCAUUGGCUUCGUUAUAAUAAUGGUUGGAACAACCAUUGGAAUGAUCCUCCCUUACCUAAUUGGGCUACUCUUCCGCGAACGCAUUCAUCAAUGGUUAAAGAAGUGGCCCACGAAUGCCGAAAUGAUUAGGCUUGCUGGUGAAGGAAAUUGGUUCCAUCAAUUUCAAGUGGUUGCUUUAUUUAGAGUUUCUCCAUUUCCCUAUACUAUAUUCAAUUAUGCUAUAGUAGUGACAAAUAUGAGGUUUUGGCCCUACCUAUGUGG